UCGUUCCGAGCUGUCAGAAACGCCCUCUUGUUCUAAAUCACAUAACCUCACUUUUGUCUUAAAAAAAUUUUUGCCAUGGCAAGUAACAAUACAUCGGCAGUGUUAGAUAUAGUGACCGAAAGCAAAGAAAUUGCUUCGAUUUUAAAAGACCACAAAGAUUUCGACCGAUCGAGUAUAUGUAGCGGUUCCACAAUCGAUAACUCGCUUGUUCAGUCUCCGAGUUUGGAGAGCUUUUCCACGAUCCAAGAUAUCGAGAACCUGUCAGAACUGAACAUGGACGAAAACUCAGACCUGAGUGUAAAGAUCGACAAUCCCCAGAAACACCUCGAGACGCUGGAAACGUACAUAACGUUCCGAAUCACAACCAAAGUAGCUAGAAUAGAAUACUCAGACAAUGAAUACAUCGUCAGGAGGCGUUAUAACGACUUCAUCUGGCUGAGGCAAAAGCUGGUCGAGUGCCAUCCCUUUUGUAUUGUCCCUCCGCUGCCUGGUAAACACUCGCUUAUAGGUCAAUUAGAUAGAUAUUCGAAAGAUUUUAUACUGUUACGAAUGAAAGCUUUAAACGUUUUUAUUUCGAGAAUUGUUAACCACCCUAUUUUAAGCUGCAACGAGCACUUUAAAGUUUUUCUAACGGCAAAGCAACCCGACUUCAGUCUGCACCGAAGACAACGAACCAACUCAGAGAACAAAAUCCGCACUUUAAGCCAUUCCAGCUCGACGCAUAGCGCGCUGAAAAACCGCCACAUGGAGUUCGACAAGACCAAAACCUACCUGAACGUGCUGUCGGAGAAACUCUCGUCCAUCGAAAAGAUCUCUAGUCGUAUUAAUAAGGAACGCGCCGACUUUAUUGUAGAAUUGAACAGUUAUCACCCGAUUUUCACGACUUGGGCCACCACGGAGCCCGAAUUGGCGAAUAUGCUGCAGAGCAUCGGCAACGCGGUGGAGAGGAACACCUCCGCGCAGAAUAUGCUAGUCCAGAGUUACGCAACCGUCAUCGGGAAUCCGAUACGCGAUUUCGUCGUUUACAUAGACGUAGUACAAGAAACUAUAAAGAAACGAGAGACGUUCCAGUACGCUUACGAAAAUUCGCUGGAAGAGUUGAAUAAGCGCCACAGCGAGAAAGACAAACUUAUAGCUUCUUCACACAAUCCGUCCCAGCAAGCUAGCGGGUUUUCGCUUUGGAAGCAACCUAGCUGUGAUGAAAAAUUGGAGAAAUUAGGCGUUUACAUUCCUCAAUUACUUAAGAAAGUUGAGGCGAAUCAAGAUAGCUUGGAGUGUGCUAAUGAGUCGCUGAGGAGCGACUUGGAACACUGGCAGCUUGAGAAGCAACAGUGUUUGAAGAAGAUUCUUCUCGAUUUCGUUAAUAAGCAAAUCGAGUAUUAUCAAGCGACGGUGAGCGCUUGGGAGCACGUCACCAAUGAACUUGCACCUCAGAAUAACGUGGCUGUAUCCAAAUGAUAUAAGAAAUAUUUAUUGUAGAUCUCCCUGUACAUUCCUAAAUUAUUAUUUAACUCAAGUUAAUAAAUAUGUCGACACGUGCCUA